UAACAUAAUUUACAAAGUAUAUUAUUUACUGAAAGUAUCUGUAUGUGAAAUUUGUUAAUAUUUGUGUUCAAAUAAUAACAAAUUAUUCAUAUAGGUUAUAUUAAUAAGGUUAUUUUAUCAACACGUGUAAAUUCUUAUGUAAAAUAUUAAUAUAACAAUUUCAAUAUGUAUAAAAAAUCAGUGAUAAAAUUCAAAUUGCAAGAACUGACCGAUUAUGUGGAGGAUCCAAAAUCUUGUGUGAAAUGUCUUCGGCGAAAACAACACCUCUCAGUUUUACCCUGGUGCUUAGAAGACUUAAAAAAAUCUGUCGAAGGCAUUUUAAAUAGAAAAAUAGCUCAUUAUGAUAAAUGUUUAGAUGGAAUCUUACUUAGUGCUAGAAAUAUCAUGCUGCUGAGCUCAUUAGGAGCAUUACGAAAUGACAGUCCUGAAAUUCAUAUCGAUAUUGAAGCAGAUUUCUACAUAUUUCAACCAGAAAUAGGGAGCGUUCUUGAGGGAGUUGUUAUCAAAAAGCAUGAACAUUUUAUAGGAUGCUUAGUGCAUAGAGUUUUUAAUAUAACAAUACCCAGAAAUAAUGAACAUAAUUGGCCGGGAAGUUACCUAGAAAUAGGUAAUAAUGUUGUGUUCAAAGUUAUAUAUAUGGAUUUUACAGGGAAAAUUCCACAUAUCCGAGGUGAAAUUGAUACUAGUAAUAUGGAAUAUGAAGAUAUGUCUUUAAAUGAUUCAACAAUGCAUGAGGAGCAUAUUCAUUUGAAGGAAUCUAAAAAGAAUAAAAGGAUUUGUUUUGAUGACAUGCUAUUGAAUGAAAAUGAAGAACCUGCUGAAAUUAAUCAAUCCAAUAGAAAGAGAAAGAAAAGUAAAAAACAUAAAAAAGAUUUAUCUCCCAUGGAUGUAAAUGAAAAUGAUUCUGUUAUUGAUGAAAGAGAUAUAUCUGAUGUGAAUAAGAAACGAAGCAAAAAUAGCAGUACUAUUAAAGAAUCUGAAAUACAAACUGCAGUCUGUACACCUUCCUAUACUUUGAAUAUAGAUAAAUACAAAAAUAUGAAAAGUCAAUUACUGAGUCCUUCUAAAGUAUCACCUGUUGUAGAGGCUACUUCUCCUUCAAGAAAAAUUAAUAGUAACAAGAGAAAACCCCGAACAGACAGUGAAGGUUACAAUACUGAACCAGUUCACGAAGAAAUGAGCAAUUCAAAAAUUUCAUCAAGUAGUACCACUUCUGAAGUUAAUAAGAGUAAUAAUAAAAGCUUAUUGAAACGAGAUUCCCUCGUGUCCAGCCUUUUAAAUAUGGCCAAAAAUACAUUAAGCACUACUAAAAAAUUAAAGCAUAGUAUAAUGCAUGAUGUCUCUGACAAUAAUGAGACAAGUAUUGAACAUCGAGCAGAAAAAAUAUCUAAGAAGAGGAAACUUUCAUUAGAAUCUCCAAUUAAAGUUAAAAAGUUUAAGAAAUCAUUGUAAUUAAAUGUACAUUACAUUGAACUUUAAAUGUAAUAUAAAUUGUGACAUGUUUCUUUGUAACAAAAAUAAUUCUA